UAAAAAUGAAGACCAAUUUUGUUCCACGAGUCAAUCAGCUGGACUCGAUACAAUUGGACAACGAAAUUGGUAAUAUUCUACGACAUCAGGUUCAGAAUAUUCUGCAAUGUUUACCGCCUGGACUGCUUACUUAUGUGCAGCCGGAGAUAAAUUUGAUUCUAAACUCCACGCUAUGGAAUUUCUCCAUCCGCAAAUCGUACGCCACCUUCGGCCAGCAGAUGCUGUCGAUAACCUACGAACGGGAUCAACUGCCUCAGCGGAAGCUCGUGUUUCAUUAUGUGCUCACCGCCUUGUUGCCUUAUGUGAAAGAAUGUUGCCAGUUCCGGCUAACGGGCUGGUCGUUGCUGCAGCGUGUUGUUGCGAUCGUCGAGAACGCUUUGGUAUUGUGUAAUUUGAUCAACUUUUUCAAGUUCCUCAAAUCGGGCAGUCGACCAUCGUUGGUGGACUGUGUGUUGCGCAUUAGUCACCGAUCGUUGGAUGGUGCCAAGCGUAGAAACAUCGGCUAUUCGUACAUGACCCGUGAGCUCGUUUGGGCCGGGUUCAUGGAGCUGCUGGGGUUUACCAUUCCAUUUAUCAACUACCAUUCCCUGAAGCGUAAGUUGAGAAAUGCUUUCCGCCUGGAGACCGCCGUGCAACCGGUGGAGAAGGUCCAGCUUAGCACCGAGACAAGGUGUGCGUAUUGCAACGAAAGGGUCAUUCUGCCACACUAUAUGGGUUGCAGCCAUGUGUUUUGCUAUUACUGUCUGAAAGGCAACCAACUGGCCGACUCCGGGUACCAGUGCAAUGUUUGCGAUUACCAAAGCGAUAGUUUUAAGAAGGUGGUUGUGGCUUAAAAAUCGAUUGUUCG